AACUCAGAAUUUACUGUUCAUGGCGAUCAAGAGAUGACUUACAAUACAGGGGAUGCAAGUCUAUCAUCUGAAGUAUCAGCUAUAUAUCUUGCCAUGAAGAACUCUAAGCUGGAGUGUGUCGAUGAGCAUGCCCACGAUACUAUAGCAGCUGAAGUUCACAUGCAGGAUGAUGAAUAUGAAGAAAUAGAUGAUUUUGAUCCUUACUUUUUCAUCAAGAAUCUACCUGAGUUAUCUGCAGUUGUCCCAACUUAUCGACCUAUGCUACUACCAAAACAGACUCGGAGUUGUCCUCCUACCACCCUUGUUUUGGACUUGGAUGAAACUCUGGUGCAUUCUUCACUUGAACCUUGUGAUGAUGCUGAUUUUACAUUUCCUGUAAAUUUCAACCUCCAGGAGCAUACAGUUUAUGUUAGAUGCCGGCCUUAUCUCAGAGAUUUCAUGGAAGCAGUUGCUCGACAUUUCGAGAUUAUCAUAUUUACAGCCAGUCAGAGUAUUUAUGCAGAGCAGCUUCUGAAUGUUCUUGAUCCAAAGAGGAAGAUAUUUCGACAUCGUGUUUUCCGCGAGUCGUGUGUUUUUGUUGAUGGGAAUUAUCUCAAAGAUUUAUCAGUUCUUGGGCGUGAUUUGUCUCGUGUUAUUAUUGUUGAUAAUUCUCCACAGGCAUUUGGGUUCCAAGUGGACAAUGGAAUACCGAUAGAGAGCUGGUUCGAUGAUCGUUCGGAUAAAGAAUUGCUUCUGUUACUUCCCUUUUUGGAAACGUUGGUUGGAGUUGAAGACGUCCGACCGCUGAUUGCAAAAAAGUUCAACCUUAGACAGAAAAUAGCCGCUGCUGUUUAUCCUUCACUGAAUUCAAAUAGAGAUCCCUUUGAAAGGCAAGCCUCUAAUAUGUAUUAAAAUUUUGUGGGUUGUUGGAAUAAGAACGAACGAUAUUCUCCCUAUUUAACAUAUUUGCUCUCUCCUUAGUAUUUUUCGAUCUUUAUUUUUUCAAUCAACAAGAAUAGAAAAAGUUAUUAGGUCAUUAGGAUUAAUGGUAAAAAUGAUGAAUCUAAUAUUAGGUGCCAGCGUCGAUGAAGUCUAAUACUUGGGUAUUUGAUUUCUUGGGAGAAUAAUAAUUGGUUUGAGGCUUUUAGUUG